UCCUCUGUCCAUAGCUCACCAGUUUUGACAUUUCUGUUCCUGCGCAAAAAAUGAAGUCUGUAGAACUAUUUUGCGCCUCCCCAGCAUCCACAGCCAUUUGUUCUAGCAUGGACCAACGUAGCAUGGUCCGGCAAGGAGGGAUUAGGCGGAUCGAUCACCACGGUCACCGCUUUGGUGAUCAUCACCACAGGCAUAAAACCAGAACUCCAAUCCCUUGUUCAUCUCAAAUUCCCAUUAGUCCAAGAGCUUAUUUUGAUAAAACCAGAAAAAGCAAUUCUUCUGCUAAGCAAAAUCUUGAAUCUCUUCGCAGAAAAAGCUCUGCUGAUAUCAGUGACCUCUCCAGUCCUCCUCCUACUGGUUCCUCUAGACAUUUGUUGAGUGAUACCCCGUUACUUGAGCUAUUAUCAGAUUCUGAGCAUUCCUCCUCUGCACUUGUACCUAGCCAACCUCUUAGAAGUUUAAAGUACCAUAAAUUCAAUGAGUCAACAGUUUUCAGAUCUUCAAUGUCCAGCACGCACUCAUAUGACAAUCCUGUGUAUGAAUUUUCUUGGGCAGGACGGUCAAAUGAUGAUUUACAUGCUUAUAAAUCUUCCUCACCUCGCUCAAACAAUGAUUCCAGUGUUCAAAACUCUUCAGCAUCUCGCAAAUAUGAUGAUCUCCAUGCUCGAAAAUCUUCACUGUCUCGCUUAAUUCAUGAUGAUUUCCAAGCUCAGAAAUCUUCAUUAUCUCGGACUGAUACUUCACUUUCUAGUAAAUCUUCAUUAACAUGCAGGAAUGAGGGGCAUGCUUACAAAUCUCCAUCAACUCCUGGCCGACCCCGUCAUCAGGUUGUAGAAUUGAGGGUCUCAAUUCACUGCAGGGGUUGUGAAGGAAAAAUAAGAAAACACAUUGCCAAAAUGGAAGGAGUGACUUCAUUCAGCACAGAUCUGGCCACAAAAAAAGUAACCGUAAUAGGGAAUGUGACACCUCUAGGCGUGCUGACGAGCAUUUCCAAGGUCAAGAAUGCUGAGUUCUGGUCAUCACCAGCUUCAUCUUCUUCUUCAUCAUCUCCGACGGUGGACAUGAGCCUCGUUUCAGCUUAAUAUCUUGCGAGGGCCUCUUUAAUUUUUUUGCGAAAACUCUUUUGCAUAAAGAGUUAAUUAACUUGAAAUUUAGCAUUAAUACGGGCUUGCUUGAAAUGACAACUUUUAAUAGUGAAUUGUGUCUGUUUUCAUUAGUUAGUACCGUGUAAAUGUUAGUGUGUUAUAUCAUAUCCUAUGUGCUGGUAACAAAACCCGGCAUGCAUGUUAAUUUUUCCAGCAAUAAAUAUGUAACACUUGCAAAAGAGUUCGUUUGGUUCUGUCCCCUUCCAA